UCUAUGUCUAUGGGUCUGUGGUUUGGUUUGUGAAUUUUCUUCUCUUUUCUUGUUUGUUUUCAACUUUGAAUUUCAUUAAAAUGCCGAGAAAAACGCUUUCUGUCGCUUGUAAAGAAAUCGUUGUAAAGCUGAAAGAGUAUUUCCGAAGGGAAAAACUACUUGAUGACUCUUUAAUUCCAUUUGAAAAAGUAGAUGAACGGGUUAUCGCUGCUACUGGCAUAUAUUUAUCGAGAAUGUUGACUGGAAAGUUAUCAAAAAAGAUAGUUACAACUGAAAAGAAAAGCCAAAUUAUUAGCGAAGAUGUUAUAGAGCUAGUUGUAAAAGUUAAAGAUUUUUUCCAAAGGGAAGCGCGAUGUAACGGACCUAUUAUUCCAUUUCAACAAACUAAUCUGCGGGUUGGUGAAGCUACAGGCAUGUCUGCACGUACAGUAACAAGGAUUAUGAAGGAGAGUAGAUUGGUUAAAAAUAACAAAUGGCCAGUAAAGAAAAAAAUAACAAGGAGUGAUAAAAUUAUAUUAAGCAAGUUUGAUAUUAAUGUACUUAGGCGAAAAUUGUAUGAAUGUAACAUCAGAAAUGAAGUACCAACAGUAACAAAAUUACAUGAGAUACUACAAAAAGAAACAGGAUUCAAGGGCUGUAGAGAAAUAGUAAGGAGGCGUAUUAAAGAGAUGGGUUUUCAAUAUUGGAAGACAAAAGACAAUGGAGAAGAGCAAAUUGACAAUAAUGAUAUAUCUUUGUGGCUUGGCUUGCAAGAUCCUACUGGAGACUCAAAUGAAUCGCAAUGCAUUGAACCCUGUUUAAAUCAAGAAGAGUCGAACUCAAAUAGUAAUGAAUCUAUAUCAAAGGAGAUUGCCUCAAUUUGUCGUCGGCGCCAUAAAGUAAAAGAUUUAAAUAUUGUUAAGAAAGAAAAAAAAAUUUCAAACAGAGAUAGAUUAGUGCUAGAGUAUAUUCCCACAAAUGAUGAAUGUGACAUUUAUGGAGAACUUUUAGCACAAAAACUAAAGAAAAUACAUAGAGAUAAUAGAUUAAAAUUGAUGAGUGAAAUUGACAAUUUGAUGCUUAAAUAUACAAUGGCAGAGAAAGAGCAGAAUCAACUACACUCAUUUACAUCUGCCCUACCAGAAGAACUUCUACCAUCAUAUUCAAUUCAUCAUCGAAAUAAAAAUGUUAAUAUUCCACUAGGUUUUUCACAGUCAUCAGCUCAGAAAAAAACAGAAUUUCAUCUGCAUAGUGCUUUGAAAUCAGGAACAGAAGAUUUAUUUAUGAUUUAAAAUAAUAAGAGAUGUGUUAUAAAUUAACUUUUUCUUGUGCAAUUUAUUUUGCUACGUACCUCCCGUUUUGUUUAGUCCUGCUGUUAGUGAUUCUUUAUUUAAAGUUAAUUAUUUUGUAAUGUAAAUAGAAGCUUGUUUCAUAAAAAACAUUUUU